ACCCCCCACACGAGGAGGCCGCCACGUACCUCGCCCUCCCCCUUCCUCUCUCUCUCUCUCUCUCUCUCUCUCUCUCUCUCACUCCACUGCUCUCUCCCUCCUCCUCUCCCUCCCAACCCCCGGUCAAAUCCAUCCGCCCUUGCCACUCAACCCACGCUCGCCUUUUCCGCUCAGACGCCACCCUCCUCUCUUCCCCGAGAUCAUCGAUCCGUCCAUCGACCCUCCACGCCCUGCUCGUGUUCCAUCGUCGUGCGGCAUCUGGCCAGAGAGGGAUCGGGUCGCCGAUCAAGCGAGGUGUCAUGGGAGGGAGAUCGUCGCCGGCGGGGUGGCGGCGAUGGGUGCGGACGCGGCUUCUUCUUCUUCUUCUCGUGGUGCUGGCGCUGGCGGCGACGGCGGCGGUGGAGGGGAGGUUCGUGGUGGAGAAGAACAGCCUGCGGGUGACGUCGCCGGCGGCGCUGCGGGGCGUGUACGAGUGCGCCAUCGGCAACUUCGGGAUGCCGCAGUACGGGGGCACCAUGCACGGCGUCGUCGUCUACCCCAAGGCCAACACCAAGGCCUGCAAGCCCUUCGCCGACUUCGGCCUCUCCUUCAACCCCAAGGCCGGCGGCCUCCCCGUCUUCCUCCUCGUCGACCGCGGAGACUGCUACUUCACAACCAAGGGAUGGAACGCGCAGACGGCCGGAGCCGCCGCGGUGCUCGUCGCCGACGACAGAGCAGAGCCCCUCAUCACAAUGGACACCCCAGAGUCCAGCGGCAAGGAGCACCUCGAGAACAUCACCGUCCCCUCCGCCCUAGUCUCCAAACGCUUCGGCGACGACCUCAAGGGCGCCCUCGAGAACGGCGACAUGGUGAACGUGCUCCUGGACUGGCGAGAGUCCCUCCCUCACCCGGACGAGCGCGUCGAGUACGAGUUCUGGACCAACAGCAACGACGAGUGCGGCGCCAAGUGCGACAUGCAGAUGAGCUUCGUCCGGGACUUCCGCGGGGUGGCGCAGGUGCUGGAGCAGCGCGGCUACACCCAGUUCGCGCCGCACUACAUCACCUGGUACUGCCCGGAGGCCUUCGUCCUGAGCGCGCAGUGCCGGUCGCAGUGCAUCAACCACGGCCGCUACUGCGCCCCCGACCCCGAGCAGGACUUCACCACCGGGUACGACGGCAAGGACGUCGUGGUGCAGAACUUGAUCCAGAUUUGCCUCUUCAAGGUCGCCAACGAGAGCCGCAAGCCGUGGCUGUGGUGGGACUAUGUGCACGACUUCGCCAUCCGGUGCCCCAUGAAGGAGAAGAAGUACACCACCGAUUGUGCUCAUGGUGUCAUCAAGUCGCUUGGGAUGGACAUUGACAAGAUUACCCAAUGCGUCGGAGACCCCGACGCCGACGAAGACAAUCCGGUGCUCAAAGCAGAGCAAGAUGCUCAAAUUGGCCAUGGUGCUCGAGGGGAUGUUACCAUACUGCCGACUUUCGUCGUCAAUAACAGACAGUACAGAGGGAAACUGGAUAAAAGGGCGGUGCUACGAGCGAUAUGCUCGGGAUUUGAGGAGACGACCGAACCCGACAUCUGUUUGACUCAAGACAUACAAACAAACCAGUGCUUGGAAAACAAUGGAGGUUGCUGGCUGGACAAAAACACUAAUUUCACGGCGUGCAAGGAUACCUUCCGUGGGCGGGUUUGCGAGUGCCCGGUUGUCAAUGGCGUCAAGUUCGUUGGCGACGGGUACACCCAUUGUGAAGCUUCUGGUGUCGGUCGAUGCCAAAUCAACAACGGAGGCUGCUGGAAGGAGACCAGGAACGGCAAGUCUGUCUCUGCCUGCUCGAAUGAGCAAGCUAAGGGCUGCAAAUGUCCGCAAGGAUUCAAGGGCGACGGCAUACACGGUUGCGAAGAUGUUGAUGAAUGCAAAGAGAGGCUCUUCUGCCAGUGCAAGGACUGCAGCUGCGAGAACACAUGGGGAAGCUACGAGUGUGGCUGCGGUGGUAGCAACAUGCUAUACAUGAGAGAGCAUGACACUUGCAUCAGCAAGGUCGCGACUUCGUCGCUGGGAUGGGGUUUCAUGUGGGUCAUCUUCUUCGGCCUCGGUUUCGCGGGAGUUGGAGCAUACGCCGUCUACAAAUAUCGGCUACGGAGCUACAUGGAUUCAGAGAUCCGCGCGAUCAUGGCGCAGUACAUGCCGCUGGAGAACCAGGAGACGUCGAGCCACCAACGGCAUGUGGAGCACGCCGACAUCUGAAACGCCGAGGUUUCACAUACGGAUCGAGCAUAAGAGCUAGUUUCUCUCGUCGGAGUGGUCGGGUUCAGAGCUGGAGUUUUGAAUUCAGAAGAUUGGUUGGUUAGCUUAUGGUUCUGAAAGACAAACACUUUUUUCCUUUUUUCUGAAACUUUGAGGACAGGUUUAGGAUGGAUCUCACCGGAGUUUAGCCCUCAUUUAGUCAUAAUUUCGAUGCUCGUGGUCUUUGUUCAGCUUGAUAACAUUGUGUAAAUACUGUUGUUCGUUCCGACUGAACCGUCUUUGCUGCCCUUAAUAAAGAGACCAGAGGAGCAUUUAGCCUA